AUGGUCGGCGUCGUGAUAUAUCCCUCAUUGUCGGGCACGGCCGAUCUGUCUAGGGUCGAGGCGCCCGUCACCUUCAAGGCUUACCUGCUCUGCGCCUUUGCCGCCUUUGGCGGAAUAUUCUUCGGAUAUGAUACGGGCUGGAUGUCGGGCGUGCUCGGCAUGCCCUUCUUCAUUACUCAAUACACAGGACUCCAAUAUGACUACGAGACCGGACAGCCGAUCGGCGUCAGCCCGACCGAGUUCGCCCUGCCGUCGUCGACCAAGUCGCUCAUGACCUCGAUCCUGUCCUGCGGCACCUUCUUCGGCGCCCUGAUCGCCGGCGAUGUUGCCGACUUUAUCGGGCGCCGCCCGACCAUCAUCAUCGGCUGCGGCGUGUUCUCUGUGGGCUGUAUUCUUGAGAUCGCGUCGACAAAUCAGGUGGUGCUCUUCGUCAUGGGCCGCCUGGUCUCGGGUCUGGGCGUGGGUUUCAUCUCUGCGACCAUUCUAUUGUACAUGGCGGAGGUUGCGCCGAGGAGGGUUCGAGGCGCGCUGGUCUCGGGGUAUCAGUUCUGCAUCACGUUGGGGAUACUGCUGGCGAAUUGCGUCGUCUAUGCGACCGCCAACCGCAACGACACCGGCUCCUACCGCAUCCCAGUUGGUAUCCAGUUCUUGUGGGCGCUGAUCUUGGGAAUCGGGCUGUUUAUCCUUCCCGAAUCGCCACGCUUUCACGUCAUGAAGGGUAAAAUCAACGCGGCGGUACACGACCUGUCGCUGGUGCGCGGCCAGCCGAUCGAGUCCGACUACAUCAAGGACGAGCUCGCCGAGAUUGUUGCCAACCACGAAUACGAAAUGCAGGUCAUCCCGCAGACGAGCUACAUCGGAUCGUGGAUGGCUUGCUUCCAGGGGUCCCUGUCUAAACGCAACGGCAACCUCCGGCGCACCAUUCUGGGGACUGGCAUCCAGAUGAUGCAGCAACUCACCGGCGUAAACUUCAUCUUCUACUUCGGCACCACCUUCUUCCAGCAGCUCGGCACGAUCGGCAACCCAUUCUUCAUCUCGCUCGUCACGACGCUCGUCAACGUGGUCUCGACGCCCAUCUCCUUCUGGGCGAUCGAGUACCUGGGCCGGCGGCCGCUGCUCAACUGGGGCGCGGUGGGGAUGGUGGUGUCGCAGUUCAUCGUGGCGAUCGUGGGCGUGACGGCGGGGCGGGCCCAGGAGAACAACGACGCGGCGGUGCGGGCCAUGAUCGCCUUCAUCUGCAUCUACAUCUUCUUCUUCGCGGCGACGUGGGGCCCCGUCGGCUGGGUCAUCGUGGGCGAGUGCUUCCCGCUGCCGAUCCGCUCGCGCGGCGUCGGCCUCUCCACGGCCUCCAACUGGUUCUGGAACUGCAUCAUCGCCGUCAUCACCCCCUACAUGGUCGGCAACGAGCCCGGCUCGGCCGACCUCGGGCCCCGCGUCUUCUUCAUCUGGGGCUCCCUGUGCGUGCUCUCGCUGGCGUUUGCGUAUUUUCUCGUCCCCGAGAUGAAGGGCCUCACCCUCGAGCAGAUCGACACCAUGAUGGCCCAGACCACGCCGCGCAAGUCGGGCGGGUGGACGCCCACGACGACGUUUGCGGCGAGGAUGGGGAGGUCCGUUUCGACCAUUUUGGUGUCGUGCAAACAGACACGCUUUCACAUUGAGAGCCCCAACUACCGUGAGCUCGAUAUUGAAGGCCUCAACAUCACUGUCACAUCCGGUGCCGGCGAGAAGGUGAAAGGCAAAGGCAAGGGAAAGGCCUCUAUCGAGGGAACUGAGAUUCUCAGCAAUGCCAAGCUGCGCUUGAAGGCUGGGAGUCGGUAUGCAUUGGUCGGAAGGAAUGGCUCGGGGAAAUCUACCCUUCUGCGGGCCAUAGCCGACAAACUCAUUCCCGGCAUCCCAGAGCAGACCAGAGUGUCUAUCUUGCAGCAGACGAACAUCAGCGAUGCCAAUACGGACGAUCUCCCCUCUGGAGAAGUUCCGGGCAGCGGCAACGGCCCUACCGUCCUGGAGGAUGUGGUUGAUAAGGCCACAGCCAAAAACAAUCUGGAACAGGAGAUUAAUACACUCUCUGCCGGCAUCAAUAGCACGGACGGUUACGGUGCGCUUCGGUCGCUGCGGAAACUCCGCCAUGAGCGCAUGCAGAAGCGGCUUUUUGUCCUCGACAAAGACGCGAGGUUGAGGAGUGGUGCUCGCGGAAUGCAAGCACGCAAGGCGCUGGUCGAGUACGAGAAAGCAAUUGCUGAGUCUGCUGCACUAAACGAGCAGCCCGCAGAUGACAUCUCGCCCGAAACUCUCAAGGCCGAGACUCAAGAGGCUGUAGACAUGCUCGCCGAUCUCCAGUUGCAGGUCGAGCCGUCCCUGAUGGCCGACAUCGAAUCGCGUGCUAAAAAGAUCCUGACCGGUCUUGGCUUCACUGACACCUACAUGACCAAGAAAGCCGACAGCCUCUCCGGCGGUUGGCGCAUGCGCAGCGCCCUCGCGACGGCGCUCCUACAGGAGACUGACAUCCUAAUUCUGGACGAACCCACCAACUUCCUCGACCUACUGGGAAUCAUCUGGCUGCAGCGCUUCCUGCAGAGUCUCGAAGACCUGCCGGCCCCGCCCACGCUCAUCCUCGUGUCCCACGACCGCGACUUCGCUAGUUCUGUUUGUACCGACCUGCUGAUCGUCAAGGACAAGGACCUCACCUACUUCCAUGGCGACCUACCAACCUACGAGGCCUCUCGUGCCGAGAAGAAGCUGUACCUCACCAAGAUGAAAGAGGCCCAGGAGAAGCAAAAGGCGCACAUGCAGGAGUCGAUCCGGCAGAACAUGGCGCAAGGCCGCAAGAACGACGACCAGAACAAGAUGCGGCAGGCCAAGUCGCGCCAGAAGCGCCUCGACGAUCGCAUGGGCAUGCAGGUCAACGAGAAGGGCGGCCGCUUCAAGCUGAACCGCGACCUGCCGGGCUACCACUACGGCGCGCGCGACGAGAUCGCCAUCCCGCAGGACGAGAAGCCCGUGACCAUCGCCCUGCCGGACCCGACCGGCCUGCGCUUCCCCGGCGCCCUGAUCUCGCUCGAGAACGUUUCCUUCCCCCCGUCAACAAAACCACCCCCCACCCUGCAGGACGUAACCCUCACCGUCAGCGAGGGCGACCGCGUCGGCAUCCUCGGCCUGAACGGCGCGGGCAAAUCAACCCUGAUCCGCCUCCUCGUCGGCGGCAGCGCCGACCCACCACCGCCCGGCUCGACCCAGACCGGCACCGUCACAGCCCACCCGCGGCUCAAGCUGUCCUACUACUCGCAGCACGCGGUCGAGGCGCUGCAGACGCUGGGGCAGGAAGACGCCGCGCUGACGGCGCUGGCGCUGCUGACGCGCGAGGUCGACGGCGCGCUCGAAGAGGGCCAGCUGCGCGCCCUGCUGGGGUCGUUGGGUCUCCCGGGAAGGACCGCGUCCGAUGUGCCGCUGCGCAAGUUGUCGGGUGGUCAGCUGGUGCGGUGUGAGUUGGCGCGGUUGCUGUGGCGGGGGCCGGGGUUGUUGGUGCUGGAUGAGGUGACGACGCAUUUGGAUUACGAGACGGUUUCGGCGCUGAGGGAGGCGUUGAGGGGGUGGAAGGGGGCCGUGAUAUUGGUUUCUCACGACAGGUGGUUUAUGAGGGGGGUGGUGGAGGGGUUGGUGGAUGAUGAGGAGGGGAGUGAGGCGGAGGAGGAGGAGGAUGAGGAGGAGGGGUUGAGGAGGAGGGUGGUGUAUAAACUGGCGGCGGGGAAGUUAACUGUUCUGGAGAGGGGGGUCGACCAGUUCGAGGAGGGGAUGGAGAAGCAGGUGAAGAAGCUGAUGGGCGAAUAA